CUUGAAGACAUUUUCCUUCGUUCAUUUUCAUCAUGCCAUUUCAACCAGUGACCAAUCCCAUGUCCACCAUAAUCACUCAUCCUCAUUUUUCCCGUCUUUCUCUUUACAAAGUUUCCCCGAAUGCGCUGCACAUUUACCUGGAAACCUCGGAGAAUGGACCGGUGUUUGGUGACGGGACGCCCCUCAUCUCUACGGAAGUGGGACAGAAUAUAGAGCUCUAUGAAGACAUGUCUCCACCAAAAGUUUAUGUCAUAUUUAAUGGAAGGUUUGAAGACGUCGCUAAAUAUAUGAAACGUCCCUUCAUGUGCCAGGCCAAUCCUCUUGGUGUCGAGUGGUAG